UGGAAGCAGCUCUGACUUGAGUCUCAGAAAAGCCGGAGAUGGCUUCUCUCAGGCAGGAGCAGCUCUACGGGCUCUGCUGCGGGAAAAGCAGCCGCAGCGGCUCCGGCAGGACGCUGCUCCACGUCAAGCUCACGGACACGGCUCUCAGAGCACUGGAGGCUCAUCAAAACCUCAAGGGAACUUUGCCAAAUCAACCAUCCAUUUGUUUCAAAGGAAACCAAGGGUACAUCAAGAUCCCAGCUCCCACAGAAGAGUCAGUGUCUGCUCUUCGCAUCUUCUCCUUCUACUUAUCCAGCGACAGCAAAGACCAGCCUCAGGCCAGCUUUGACUGCAUCCAUCAGUAUGUCUCAAGUGACGGCCGCGAGCAGCUGGAAGGUCAGGGGGUCAUCCAGGACAAGAUCACGGUGUGUGCCACAGAGGACUCCUACCAGGUGACCCGCGAGAGGAUGUCCCAGGUGGAGAAGGACAGCUGGAGUCGCUCCGCCAUAGAGAUCAAACCUGGAGCCACACAUCCAAGUAAAUGCACCAAGUUUCACAAGAAGUCAGCUCCUUCUACGCCAGAGAGCAGCCUCUGUAAGCAGUCCACCAACAACCAAAGGAUCGGCGGUACAGCCACGCCGACCCAGAAGCCCCUGAGGGAACGCAUUAUCCACCUGCUGGCUCUGAAACCCUACAGGAAACCAGAGCUCCUGCUGUGGCUGGACAGAGAGAGAGCCGGACCCAAGGACAAAGCCGAGCUCAGUCCUAUACUGGAGGAGGUGGCUAAAGUGAAUCCCAAAGACAGCAGCUACCUGCUGAGGGACGACUUCUACAAGCAUGUGCAGAGGGACUGGCCUGGCUACAGCGAGGAGGAGAGGCAGCUGAUCAGCAGGCUGCUGGCCAGGAAAUUGCAGCCACAGAUUAGCAGCCAUUUAAGAAGUCUUCAAGCAAACGCGUCGAUACUGAAGACCUCAGAGGAUUCGACACUACAUCAGAGCACAGUAAAAAAUCCCCCAAUGAAACGCCCUGUGCCUUCUGACUCACUGGAAAGGCUCGCUGCCAAGAGACAAAAACUUGUGGACCAGAGGUUGCACCAACAAACACAUAACAAUGCAACUCCCACCCUCAACCACAGCUUCCACACAAAGACUGAGUUUCAAGGGACAACUAACCAUACUGGUAAACAGAGCGCCUCACCGGCGGGCCACAGCAGCUUUACUGCAGCCCACAAACUGUGUAGCACCUCCGACACACCUGUUUCAGAGAGCAGGGAGCAUGGACCCAAGGGAAGCGACCACCUGCCACCGCAGGGCGACUCUGACGGCCCUCACCAGCAGCUUUCCACCUGCCAGAUCAGAAAGAAGAAGUCUAAAAAGCACAAAGACAAAGAGCGGGAGAGGCUAAAAGACAACCAGGGACUUAACUGGUUGGAGACAAGUCCUGAUCUUAAGCAGAAGCCGGAAACACUUGAAAAUAUUACCAUCACCAAAACUGUGGCCUCUGAGGAGAAGCCGGAUUAUGUUCUCACCUACAGCCCCAUUAUAAGUAUAGAGCAACGUAAGAGAUACCAGGAAGAAUUCUGUGAGGAGUACGAUGAGUACAAAGACCUCCACUCUCGCAUCGCCACCAUAACUCACAUGUUUGUUCAGCUAGGGUCCAAGAUCAAGAGCCUGUCCCCGGGCACACACGACUAUAAGAUCAUGGAAGACCAAAUACUAGAAAAGUACAACAAAUAUCGAAAGAAGUUCCCAGGCUACCGGGAGGAGAAGAAACGCUGCGAGUAUCUCCAUGAAAAACUGUCCUACAUCAAACAGCUCAUCAUAGACUAUGAUGUCUCUCAGGUUUCUUCGUAGCAAGCAGGCUUUCUGUCGACU